UUGCAUCAACUAUAGAAGAAUUCCUCUAUUCCAAAUAUCCAAUUCUAUCAAAGAAAAUAUUCAGAGGACUUAAACAAGUCACAUAAAUCAAAACCAUGGCUUAUUGGUCUGCAGAAAAUGCCACAAAAGCCUUUCUCAGCACUUUGAAAAUGGGUCAAAAGGCUAAAGAACCAUCUGUUACUGAAUAUAUAUCAGCCCUAGCAGCUGGAAAUAAUGCGCAAUUAAUGGUUGUUGCUUCUGCUGCUGCAGCUGAUUCAACAACACUUGCACUAAUUGCUGCUGCUAAUCAAACUAAUGGAAAUGUAAUAUGCAUUGUACCUACAUAUGAAGAUCUAAUUGCAUCCAAGAAUUUUCUUGGAGUAGCUGCAAAUAAAGUGAAGUUCAUGGUUCGAAAAGAAGCUCAAGAAUUAGAUGUAUUAAAGAAAGCUAAUUUUGUGGCAAUUGAUUGUAAUCUUGUGAACCAUGAAGAGAUGGUGAAAUUAGUACAAAUUGGUGCAGGUAAUAAGAAAAAAAAUGUAGUUGUUGUUGGCUAUAAUGCAUUUAGUUGUAAAGGGUAUUGGAGAUCUUAUGGAUCAAAAACUCAGUUGCUUCCUAUAGGAGAAGGAUUGUUGGUAACAAGAUUUGGAUCAGGAAUGAGUAAGAGUGGUGGAAGCCGGUGGAUUGUGAAGUUUGAUAAAUUUACUGGUGAAGAGCAUGUUUAUAGAGUUAGACUUCCACAAGGAAAAGUUAUUUAAGCCUCAUCCUUUUCAUCAUAGAUCUGCAUAACCUCAUGAUCUAGAGAAUUGUUAGAUUAGAUAAAAAUGCAUAAAAAAAUGCAUUUGGUUAGAAUUUGAUUCUUCAACCUUGUGAAACACGGUUCGAAAUUUGGCAAAAAAAAAUGCAGAGUUAGAACAUAAACAGAUCAAUCUUGAUUUGACAGUUCAGAUCGACAAAGGUGUGAUUGGAGAUGAUUUAAAACUUGCAAUUAGUUGUCCCUUUAUUUUUCUUGGGAAAUGAUGUAAACACCAAGGACUUAGUCCUAUCUCAAAUGUACAAAACUCUAUAUUAGCAAAUUUGGUUUGAAAUUUUUUGUUAAUGUUGGAUCUAAAUUGGAAGAUGUGUCACUAUUGGAAUACUGCCUGUCCCAACGUGGGACAUGUGGUUUGGUCCCUGCAAUUACAUCAACAACCUUGUCAGAGUUCUAAAUAAUUUACAAGAGUGCAAUAUUUAUAUUACAAGAACCCCCAGUACAAUAUGUCAUCUUCUAUUAUCCCAGGAUAACUAGCAUUCAACAGUAGCUGAUUGAUGUCAAGAUGUUGUCUUUUGAAAUCAUAAUAGUCCGGACCGACUAUAGACCCAAAGACGUGUAGGCUCGAUCAUCGGUUCAAAGGUGUAUGUAUGAAAGGGCCACGUGUAGGCUCGAUCAUCGGUUCAAAGGUGUAUGUAUGAAAGGGCCGAGGGUCCAAUGCACCUACAACUAUGGGACCCAUACUCAA